UCAUAGUUGCCCUCAGUCAGUGCAGAAGAACGCUGCUCCAGUUCUUCUUCGUUUGGCGUUGAUAUUGUUAUUGGAGGAAGAAGAAGGGGCACAAGAGUGAAGAGUUGUGAAAUUUUCGAAGGAAUGUCGUGAACAAAUUCUAUAGCAUUCCUUCUUCUUUUCCGUCCAGCAUAUGGAGAGAGAUUGAGAGAUUGAAAGGGUGGGAGUACUAUUUUACGGAAUUAUUAUUACUUGUUAGUCGUGGUAGAAGCAGUGUGGUGUGUGCACCUUGUAAUUUGGAAGGAAUGAAGACAUUAUAGUUCAUCACCACUGGCAUUAUUCUUUUCAAAAGAGGAGGAAGAAGCCGUGGCGAGGAUAGCAGAGAAGAAAAACUCAACCAUCAUCCGCAGGCAAUUUAGUAUUUCUUCCCUUCCCAACAAAUAGCAAAACCAACCUCACAAACAUACAUGUACUCUCUUCAUGACUUAAUUAAGGAUUGAAAUAUCCUGAAUUUCACAAAAUUGUUAUGUUUUAACGGCUAGAUAAAAUCCGAGCUUAUUAUAUGUUACAGAAAUAAUCAAGUGUAAUUGAACUCAAUUUGGAGAAAGUUCCUGCAAUUCGAUUUUGCUAUUUCCUGCCUUAAGUUGGUACAUAAUACAGUGAGCAAUAAAUACAGUGAACUGGGAGUUGUUGGAAUUUUGACACUACUAUUCAAUACUUAUCUUUUCACUGCAAAGAUGGAGAUAAGCCAAAAGUUCAGUUCUCAAGUGCAUUUGCACAAGUAAAUAAACAAACAUUUAAAGAUAAGUGAACAAAGUAAAGCAAAGAAGUGUGCUCUAAAAUAAAUCUGUUGUAAAGUGUGGGAGAUUCGACUCGAAGAAGUUUGUUUAUCAACAAAUUUGUUGACACAUUUUAAAGUGUCUAAUAUACAUAUUUUUACAUAUUUAGUAGUUGAAUAAAAUUAAGUAAGUGAGAGAAUUCGCCUUUAUCGUGAAAUAAAAUGUAAUACGGAAUCAUCACAGUUUUUAUUACUGCUUAUGGUUUUAGUAAUUAAUGUGUUGAAUAAAUAAUUUCGUUAAAUGCUACUGAAUGUUUAUUUGCUACCAAUAACUUUAUUUGUAUGUGAAAAGUGCUGCUAAACAAUUUGUUUACUCACAACACAAGUCUAUUUGAUUUGUGCGUGUGGCUUAUAAGUAUAUAGCUAGUUCAUCCGUCCAGAACAACGAUAACAAGGUCAACAUUUACUUAGGAGAAUGAUGAUAAGACACAAUAAUACGUAACUUGGGGUUUUCGAUGGGAGGAGAAUGUAAGCAUCAUUGCGGAAACAUCCGUCAUUGUCAAUCCGACUUUCCUUCUCAUCGUCGCCGUCUUCACAAUGAAAAUAAAUACAUCUUUUUCGAUUUCGGAAACAGACAAUGAAGCAACGCUGUCGCCGCAAGAUUUGGAAUUUUGGUGGAGGAUGAGCCAAGAUUUUCACAGUAAACUGCACGAAUUUUCUACACAAAAACUAAUGAUAACAAGUGUGAAAGUAGUGGUGGAUAAUGUAACGACCAUGAGCCUACUAGAUUCAUAAUUUACCCAAAGUACAAGGGAAGGAAUUAGUGCCUUAAAAAUAUUUUUGGUCAAUCUCAUAAAAAAAUACAAAGACUGAAAUAAGAAAUAUGAAGUCCCGAAAUUUGGAACGCUAUCCGGCGUGGAGUGAUGCUCAAGAGGCUCUCAAAUACAUUACAAAGGGGAAGGCGAGAGGAAGUAAGGUUGGACUUUGGGUCCGUGGGGAGUCACAGCAGCGCUUCGGUUUCCUCGGGAAAUGGGCCGGGAAUCGAGGGGGGCUGGUUCUCUUCAUAGGAAUCAUACCACUGGCGAUUUUGUGCCUUGCCAUCCAGCAAAUCCUGCUGGACACCACCCUGGCUUCUCUGUGGACACCAGAUUCUGGAAGACUGCUUCAGGAGCUGAACUAUGUGUCCAGAGUUUCUGGUCUCACAACAGACACGAACGAAAUGCUUAUUCAAACGCCGAAAGAAAAUGGACAUCAGUCAAUGUUGAACCCAAAAGCAUUGCUGGAACAUCUUCUAGUACUGCAGAAAGCCUUAUCAGUGACUACGGAUCUCUAUGAAGUGACGUGGAGCUUAAAAGACUUGUGUUACUCUGCAAACAUGGUUGAAUUUGAUAUCCAGUUCAUAGAUCAAAUAUUUGAAAAGAUUUUUCCAUGUGUUAUUAUUACUCCAUUGGAUUGCUUCUGGGAAGGUUCCAAGCUCCUUGGUCCUGAUUUCCCAAUACAAAUACCUGCAUUCCAGGGUCCAAUUAAAUGGACAAAUUUAAAUCCUCAAGAACUCUUUAUGAAAGCUAAACUGGCUGGAGAUGCCAGUGUCGCAGAAUUUACAUAUGAAAUUCUGGAUGGUUUUAUGAAGCGAGCAGGAAUCGGAAGUGGUUAUCAAGAAAAACCAUGCUUGAAUCCCCAAGAUCCAGAGUGUCCAGCCACUGCACCCAACAAGGGAUCUCGAACACCUCCUGACGUUGCCUCAAUUAUGGCUCAGGGUUGUUUUGGGUUUGCCCCACGAUUUAUGCACUGGGCCCCUGACUUAAUUAUCGGCGGAACCGUACACAAUAAAUCUGGACAAGUUAUCAAGGCUGGUGGUCUGAUGUCCACAGUGCAAUUGAUGUCUUCGUCCGAGUUGUUUGAGUUUUUUGACAAGACUUGGAGGUUGCACCAUGUCGAGUGGACAGAGCCGAAAGCACAGGCUGUACUUACGGCAUGGCAAACCCGUUUCGCCUUGGAAGUAUCCCAGUUGACAAUGGAUGAAGAUCGAAGUCAACAAUUCAAUUUUUAUUCAUUUACUCCUGCUGGCUUGGACUCUGUUGUGGAAAGUGCAUCUCAAUUUUCUUGGUCAUGGGGCAUUGCCCGUGUUGUAGCUGUCGUGAUCACGUCUGCCAUAGUUGGAGUUGCGCUAGGAAGUAGUGGUGGAAAUGAAGACCCUGAUGCUAAAGUUCCGUGGAAGGUCCGUAUGGGCCUUGUGUUUGGAGGAUCCAUGGUGGCGCUUUUGGGGACUGCUGCUGGGGGUGGAGCCGCUUGUUUCCUCAAAAUUCCAUUCAACGUUGUCUCAGUACAAGUUCUCCCAUACCUUACGAUGGCAAUGGUGUCUCAAGUUUUCUAUAUUUUGUUAUACUCUCAAAUUAAUUCAAAUUCGGAUGCAAAAUCAACUUUAAAGAAGCAUGGAUGGUCCUUGAUGUUGGGGGUCGUGUCCUCUGCUGUUUUCAUUGCUGCGGGGGCCUUAUUUCCUAUCCCCGCCGUUCGAUCUCUCGCCCUUCAAGGUGCCAUAUUUGUGACCAUCGGUUCUUUCGCUUUAUUGCUUCUGUAUCCAGCAGUGUGUCAGAUGGUUCUGAAAAGAAGGAAAGCGCCCAGUCCUACGAUAAGGAACGAAGUUAGCAUGAAAACCAUGAAUAAUAUCAAGGGGCCAGGAAUUCCCCUGGUCCAUGUUGACAAGAAAAGCUCAGAGAUGUCUAAAGAAUAUUUUAUGAAAAACAAUAAUGUGACCAUGAACAAUACUUCGGCUAAUAACACAAAGCUUAAUUUCGAGAAAUUCAAUGAAGAUCCAGCAAUGGUUGAUCUUGAAGCAGGAAACCAAGACUCUUGUGAAACUUGUGCCGUUAAAAGCUGGGUGGAUUUGUAUCUGCUCUUGAUUAAUUGGAAAUGGUUCACGGGAAUUGUACUCCUCAUGUAUAUAUCAGUUGUUAUUGCUGCUGGAGUUGGUAUAUCGAAACUUCGACUUGGUCUCCCCAUAACUGAUGUAGUUCCAUCGCAUUCUGCAGAGUGGGAAUUUCUUACUGCACAGGGGAAACUGUUUCCGGUUUAUCACAUGAAGGCUGUAACAAAGGCCAACUUUGACUACCCGAGCAAGCAAAAGUUGUUGCAUAAGUUUCAUGAAACAAUGAGCGGCUUGCCGUGGGUCAUUCGGGACGAUAACGGUGGUCUUCCACCAAUGUGGCUAUCACUAUUUCGAUCGUGGUUGCUGAGAUUACAAGAGGUGUUUGACCAAGAGUGGAAACUAGGUUAUUUACACAAAGAUGGAUGGAAGGAGGGGGCAAGUGCGGAUGGAAUUUUAAGCUUUAAGUUAGCCGUCCAAACUGGUCAUAUGGAUCACCCAGUUGAUGUCACGCAGUUACCAAAUACUCGACUUGUAAAUGGAGAUGGAGAAAUUAAUCCCCGAGCAUUUUAUGUAUAUUUAACGGCGUGGGCAUGGAACGACCCACUGGCAUAUGGUUCAACUGCUGCUAAUAUGAAACCCGAACCCAGAAGCUGGGUCCAUAAUCCAGAAGACAAAGAUCUGAAAAUUCCAAAGUCUGCCCCCAUUAAGUAUGCAGACAUUACGUAUUUGUUAAGAACGUCCCAAGAAGGUGACCUCCCAGAACAACAUCAAGAAUCGCAAAUCCUAGCCUUUGUUGCCGAAAUUAGAAGAAUCUGUGAGACGUUUGAAACUCGAGGGCUCCCAGUAUUCCCGUGGGGAAUUCCAUUCCGGUUUUACGAACAGUACUUGAAUCUUCCAAUGAAUUCUGGAAUUGUAUUGGGCCUUGCUGCUGGAAUGACAUGUGUCAUUCUCUUCUUCUCAUUGGGAUUCUCCUUGCGACCAGUGGCAGUCGUAGUAACGAUUUCUUUAGUCACAAUGUCUCAGAUCGCAGGCACUGUGGGAUGGCUAGGUGUUGGUCUUAACGCACUCCCGGUGGAAAUUUCGCUAUUAGGCGUCAGUUUCAUAGUCUUUAUAUCUAUUCAAAUAGUUGUGGCGUUUUGCUGCAUUCCUGGUACAGUGUUAGACCGCUACGCUGUCUCUUUUAAUUUAGUUGGACCACCAUGUGUUCAAAGUCUAGUGUUAAUUACACUCACAGCUUUAAUACUAUAUUCUCCGGAUUUUACAUUUAUUUUUACACAUUUUACCCUUCUUAUUGCGAUCUCGUCGCUGUUUUCCCUAGUUAAUUUCCUUCUCCUUCUUCCUGUUUUAAUGACAACAAUUCAACCGCAAUGUUGGCUUGUGGGGUUUUCGAAAAUCGAUCCCACCCUCCUCGCACCCCUGACGCCUUCUCCCGUCGUCAAGAGGAAAAGUUCAAAGUCUUCCAGUGGAAGAAGCAGCAGCCGUUCUGGUGGUCGUUCUUCUCGAAACAAUUAUCCCCCUCCUCCCUACAACCUACGUGGUUCAAAUUUCAAUAAGGGUUCUUAUCAUUCUGGUCGUGCUCCCACCAGUCGCACUCCCAGUGAACAUAGUCUUUCAACAAUUACAGAAGAACCAACUUCAUGUGCUACAAGAAGGAGCACGGAAGUCAUUGUUCAACCCCAAGUAGUUGUCGAAACAUUCGACAGGGAAUCUUCUGCAACAAAAGUGUCUUUGAAUGCAAAAUUCAAAGUAGAAGUACACUCCUCCGUUCACAGUAAUCCCCAUACUUGUGUAAAUACUUCCACAAAUAUGAGUGAAAAUUCGGGUACGUCAGGCUCUACGAGCAGUUCGGGAAGUUUUACUUCAUCCUCAGCCUCCUCCUCGACGUCGUCUUACAAUGACAAAAUACCUGCGGAGGAUUGAAAUCUUACAGACAAAGUAGUGAUAUUUGCAACAGUAUAUAAUAAACCGUAAAACAGCUAUGUACACCAUUUACUCAAAUCUAGACAAAAAUGGUCGUUAAUCCAUAUGACUCAUCAUUGCCUUGCCCCAAAGGGACCAAAGUAUUCAUGUAUUUUAAAAUGUUUGUAAUGUAACGUGUAUAUUUUUAUUUGUACUACUUUUUUCAAAUAUUUAUACAAAUGUCAAUGAAACAAACUUGUUGACUUAUAGAAAAUAACUGGUUUUAAUUUUGACUCAGUCAGUAGUGCUUAUAUGAACUUUUUUUAUACAAUACAAUAUAGUCUAUAUUACGUACAUAUUUACAAUAAAUAAGCUAAACAAUAAAUCAACGAACGAAUCAACACAA